AUGCCCUCAGUCACUAUAACAUUUGCUGAUGAUCGUGACGAGAACGGCAUACUAGACGCAGACGCACAAGCGAUGCGACAUACCACGUAUGCUUUGGUGAAAACUCGUCGUGAUGCUGACGAUGACGAUGGUCGAACGUUAUCGUCAAGAGGUGCAUCGUCGGAUGAUGAACGUCCUGACGGAGUGCUGGAGACCCGACGUGGUCUCAGUCCAGAACGCGACCUCGACCGCGACAGAAAGGUCUCCUUCAGCACAGCACCGAUACCUGUUAGUCUAACUUCUAUUUGCUUUGACUAA